GAUUUAAAGAGCGAACGAUAGAGCGGUGGCGAAGCCUUGUACUGCAGUUGAGCGGAACACACCCUGACGGAUAAAAGGCAUCAGCCGGUCUUUCAUUUGGGCUCCAGUUUACCGGGACCAGCACAUGCAUAAAACCAAAAAGCCAUUAUUGCACAUUCCUUAGUAUUCUUGACCCCCCAAAAGAAAAGUGGCGCUCACACGAAACAUGCAGGUCGGCAGUCACUCCGGCAGGGCUCCGGUACCAGCAGCAGCAUCCUCCGCGAGGCCCCACCGAUCGCCACCAAAGCAAAACAGACCGCAGAAGCGGCGCAAAUCCUCUCCUCGCCAGCGGACAGCUUCUCCGGCUGUCAAAGCCGCGUCGAUAUCCGCCGCUGCACGCGAGAUGGAUAGCGCAAGUCUGGCGGACUUCACUCGCAGGAAUGAGGAGGCGAUGCAAGCGCUGCGGAGCGGCGACGGCGGCACCAGUCGUCGCAUCUUAACCUCCCUCCUCCCCGAACUGCGGAACCGACUCGUACAGGUUGAGUCGUCCAAUGCGCGGGCGGCGCCGGACGAAGUCGUCGUGCAGUCGUGGCGGUUGGUGUACGCGUUGACCUUAAACAACUACGGCUGCCAACUGCGCCGCGACGGCCAACGCGACGGUGCGCUGCAGCAGUUUAUGCUCGCGAAGGAGGUGGAAUCGACGGUGUUCGGCAAGCCGUCGUGCUCCACCAUGCUGAACCUCUCCGCGGUGCUGCUGAGUAAAGGGGAGGUGAAGGAGGCGUUGAAGAUUGCGACGGAGUGUGCGGCGGCGGCGCAGGACGGGGAGCCAGUGCUCUUCAUCACUGCCCUCCACAACUUAGCGGUGGCGCUGGGUCAGCAGUCCAGUGAGCGCAGCCGCAGUGCAGCGCUGCCGACGAUGUUGCAGGCGCUACGAGAGGCGCAAGCAGCACUCGGCGAGCAGCACCCGACGACGAAAAUGCUGAAAGAGAAGUGCGGACUUACAUCGCAGUGGAUCAACUCUUCUGCCGCGGUCACGCCUUCACAGCCGGAGGGGUCAUCGACGCUGCGCAGCAAUCAGGCGCCAUCCACGGUGCCAUCCCAGACGCCGCCACCAGUGGAGCAGGCGCCGGCAGGGUUCUCCUCGGCACAGGAACGUGCACGGGCUGCGCUGUACACCUUGAAUUUCGGUCAACCUAUUGCCAUGCCGCGACCUGCUGCGGUAGACAACGCUACGGUAGACGCGACUUCGACUAAACUCGAAGACACCGCAAAGGUUGCACGCCGGACUUCUUCGCCGACUCUAGCGGACCGCACCGUUCGCGGGUCGUUGGAAAAAACAGGGCAAAAAGAUGUCUUGUCGGCUUCGGGUGGGAGCCAACUCACUCCCACGUGUGUGGAGAAACGGGCUGACGACUGUGCGUCGUGUGGCGUUGACGCGUCAACCCAUCAAAGCUCGAAAGGGGCUGACGAUGACGGUGAUGGACCUCGUCGCGACAGCAACGUGGCCGCCUCCGUCGAUGCCCUCUGCCUCGACUCCGCCCACCUCUCCGCGGCUGACCUCCGCCUCCCUGACGAGGGCCUGGAAACGGUACUGCAGGAGCCGUUUCGCCCCUCCGUUCUGAGUCUCAACCAGCAUCGGGCUACCACGUUACGCGAGCUGUGCGGUAGGGAGGAAAACGGUAGCGUGGUGUACCCAUCCUUUUUGCGCUUCAGUGCCCCUCUUCCUCCGUCGCCCCUCACGGCUUCCAACGCAACGACGCAUGUUCUACCGACAACGCAGGCGUCUGCCCUCUUCGAAUCCCCUUCCACGGAAGGAAAAGGUUCGGCCCGCAAUGCCAACGUGUUUGCGCAGACCCUUCCCGUUGACGCGCACGCACCCCGUCCUGCGCGCGGCAGCAGCAGCACCACCCCAGCUCCGCACUCCACCGAUAGGCGGGAGAAGGAGCGCACGUCUCUCUUCGCCACGGCGCCUGCCGUUCCAUCAGCGGCAACCGAAUACGCAACGGGGUCGCCGCAAACGCCCGCGUCCGCCAGGAGCAGCACCAACAACAGCUGCAGCAACAGCGGGCGGAAAACGCAACCGCCAGGUCGGCACACCCUGUUUGGCCAAAGCAGCAACAGCAGUCGACGCCCGGACAGAGCGGCCCAGCGGCAGGCAGCGCUGGCAGAAGAGGAGGCGUACCGGCGCAAGAUGAAGGCGGAAGAGGCCGCGGCGUCGGCGACAAACGCCUUCCAGCAGGGCCUGAAACGGGUGGAGGAGCGCACGCAAACCCGCGCCGCCGGCGUCAUUCAGCGGGCGUGGACGCAGUGGUGGAGCUCAGUCGGGCAGCCGCGCCGCCACGUGCAGUUGCGGCGCCUCCAGGAGCUUCAGCGCCGCCGCCGCGACCGCCUCGCCUUCGCCGCUGCCACGGGAAAGAAGAUCACGACGAAGCAUCACACCGUCACGGUGCCGCCGCCGCCGUCGCAGCAACACGGCCGAAUUGCCAACUACGUGGUGCCGGCGGUGGUGGUGCGAUGUGCGAGGAGGUGGAAAGAUCGCACGGCGUGUGUGCGCGGUGCGGCGCGACUCACUGGCUGUUCAGUUGAUCCGCAACUGCACGAAGCCGAUCUGCACAAGCGCAUUUGUCAACUGCAAGCUCUGUGGCGCGGUGCCUUGCAACGUCUGCGUGACAACCAGACAAGGCAGAAGAAGGCAUCCGAAAACACGCAGAGGGCAGACGCAGAAGCCCGGGACUACGCUGCCAUGAUCGUGCAGUGCACCUUUCGACGCUAUGCGGCCCGCCAGGCGCGUCGGCGAUUGUACGAGGAGCGCUACAACGCGCCUGCUACGAGGAUUCAGCAGUGGCUUCGUUGCACGUGGGCCGAUCAGCGACAACGCGGGGUCGAUGCGCCGACGCUGCGGAGACAGCACGCCGCUGCGCUGGACAUUCAGCGGGUGUGGCGCGGCUAUGAAGGACGCAUUCGGUUCCGCAUGAGAGAGCUGCGGCAGCGGAUAGAUGAAGCGAACCCCUACGCACUGUCGAUCGAGCGCGGCGACACAGAAGAGAAAUCAGCUUCUCAAAGCGAGGCCCCCGCUACGCAGCAGCGGUUGGAAAGCGAUUUGAGUGCGGACGAGCACCGUAUCUCGGCUGCGGAGGACACGGACGCUCUCACGCAGGAAAGCGUUGCGCCUCAGCCUUGCGCUUCCGCGGCUGCACUCUCUGCGCGCGCAGACGAGUACGAGUCCCAAUGUCGUGCCCGCGGCGGUGCGGUGCAGCAUCUGCUUGACGAGGAGCGAGACCGCUUCCACAUUCCCCUCUUUGUGGAGACAAGGGCAGCGAAGGAGCGGACGGCGUGGCAGGAGGCGAUCCGGCAACUCCCUACAGACGUGCUACGACGGCGCGCAGCGUUCAACGCGCAAAUCGACGCGGAGCAGUCUAACUUCGUACGCGCGCGGUCGGCGCGAGUAAUUCAGCGCGCGUUUCGGCUGUGGCGCGCAAUGCUGCACGACGAUAGCCGUGACACGCGUCUCUUACAGUACUCUUUGCGCCGUUAUCAACAACAAGAGCUAGGCCGCGCGGUGGAGCGGAAGCAGCAAGAGCGUGACUUUGACCGUGCGGUGGAGCUCUACGGUGAUACAACUCUGCCGAUGCGCGAAGAGCGGGAGCGGGCGGCUACCGCCCUGGCCACCGCUGCUGCCGCAGCACCAGAUGUUGACCACAAUUCGAAUCCACCUGCGUCGGCGGAGCAAGACCAAAGAGAACUCACCUUUUCGCAGCCUGCCGUGUUGAGUCGUGCCAUCCGGUCUCAGCAGCGACGGGAGCAAGAGUCGCGGCUCCAUCGUGAUGAGCGGCUGCUGGCGCUCACACACGCGCAUAACUCUGCGCAUCUGCGGGAGGGACCGGAAGAGUGUAAAGCUCGAGUGGGCACCACCUACGAGCACCCCUAUUACGUUCCGUACGUCAACGAAGAACACCGGCGAACGCUCGGCAUCGAUUAA